AACCUCUGCGAUUCCUUUCUUUCGGGUGUCAUGGCGGCAGAUCAGGAGACGUUUCAACAAAUUUUGUCAUCACUUUUAAGCACUGACAACGAUGUCCGGACUGCGGCUGAGAAAACCUACGGCGAGAUGCCCAUCGAAGUCCGGGCCGUCUUCCUCCUUCAGACUCUUCAGAAUUCCGGCCUGUCCGAAGACAUGCGGCAGGUGUCUGCAGUCCUACUCCGCAGGAUCUUAACCAGCGACUUCACCAACUUGUUCGCAAAGCUUCAACCGACGAACCAAAAUGAAUUAAAAAGCUGCCUGCUCCACCUGCUUCAGACAGAGUUGUCACUCAGCCUCAGGCAAAAGGUCUGUGAACUGGUCGCAGAACUCGCCAGGAAUUUGAUCGACGAAGAUGGAAACAACUUGUGGCCCGAAUUUUUACAAUUCCUCUUCCAAUGCGCCAAUUCGGACAACACCGUUUUGAAAGAAUCAGCGUUGAGGAUUUUUGCCACUAUCCCUGGAAUAUUCGGCAAUCAACAGGUUGUCCAUCUUGAUUUGAUCAAACAGAUGCUUCAGCAGUCUCUACAUUCUACUUACGAUGUCCGAUUCCAUGCAGUAAGGGCAGUUUCAGCUUUUAUUAUGCUUUAUGACAAGGAUGAUCCUAUACACAAAUUUUUCAAAGAUUUGCUUCCGCCAAUUUUUCAAGUUAUAGCCGAGAGUGUUGAAAAAAAUGAGGAUGAUACUCUUCUCAAAUGUCUUAUUGAAUUGGCCGAGAGUGCACCAAAAUUUUUGAGGCCCCAGUUAACCAACAUCAUGCAACUUGCCCUCAAGAUUUUGUCAAAUGACGAUAUGGAAAAUUCUUGGAAACAUCUAGUAUUAGAAACAGUUGUCACCCUUUCUGAGGUAGCACCGGCUAUGAUGAGGAAAGAUGCUGCACCCUUCAUACCGCUGUUAAUCCCACAGAUUCUCAAAUUAAUGGCAGAUCUUGAAGACAGCUCCGAUUGGAGUUAUUCCGACGAAAUAUUAGAAGAUGAUAAUGACAGCAAUUGCAUUGUGGCUGAAUCGACUUUAGACAGAUUGGCUUGUGGGUUAGGAGGGAAAACUAUCUUACCGCAAGUCAUAUCAAAUAUCCCACCCAUGCUAGCAAACCCAGACUGGAAAUACCGGCAAGGUGCCCUUAUGGCCAUCUCAGCAAUCGCCGAGGGUUGCUCGAAACAGAUGGAACCCAUGUUGCCUCAAAUACUUGAUGGAAUUCUAAACUUCCUCUACGACUCGCAUCAUCGAGUCAGGUAUGCUGCUUGUAAUGCCAUUGGACAAAUGUCUUCAGAUUUCGCACCGACCUUUCAAAAGAAAUUUCACGACAAAGUAAUUCCAGGAUUGUUAAUGGUCUUGAACGAUGAGAAAAACCCUAGGGUCCAAGCACAUGGAGCUGCUGCUCUUAUCAACUUCAGUGAAGAUUGUCCAUCACAAAUUUUGCUUCUUUAUUUAAAUCUAAUCAUGACAAAACUGGAAGUAAUUUUGAAUGAAAAAUUAGAAGAGUUAGUGCUAAGUGGGAAGAAGCUCGUGCUUGAACAAGUCGUAUCAACUAUCGCCUCAGUCGCCGACACUUCUGGUGAACACUUUGCACCUUAUUAUGACAGGUUGAUGCCUUGUUUGAAGUAUAUUAUUCAGAAUGCGAACAAGCCAGAACUCAAAUUGCUAAGAGGCAAGACAAUUGAGUGCGUCAGUUUAAUCGGAUUAGCAGUUGGAAGAGAGAAGUUUAUUGGCGAUGCUACAGAAAUCAUGGACUUGUUUCUUAAAACUUACACCGAAGGUCAAGAGUUACCCGAUGACGAUCCCCAGACAUCUUAUCUCAUCACAGCAUGGGCAAGAAUGUGUAAAAUACUUGGCAAACAGUUUGAACAGUAUCUCCCCCUGGUAAUCGGGCCAGUGAUGAGAGCAGCCUCUCUGAAACCAGAGGUAGCUGUCAUGGACAAUGAAGAUAUGGGCGAGGUGUCAAACGGCGAAGAGUGGCAGUUUAUUUCCCUGGGUGAACAGCAGAAUUUCGGAAUUCGAACUACAGGAAUCGAGGAUAAGGCUUCAGCGUGCGAUAUGCUCGUCUGCUACGCAAGAGAGUUAAAAGAAGGAUUUGCUCCGUAUGCUGAGCCCGUUUGUAAAUUGAUGGUUAGAAUGUUGAAAUUUUAUUUUCACGAUGGUGUGAGAACGGCAGCUGCACAGAGUUUACCUUAUCUCUUGGAAUGCGCAAAAGUCAAAGGUGCAAAUUUUCUCAGUGGAAUGUGGGAAUUUAUUUGUCCCGAGUUGUUAAAAUCUAUAGAAACAGAUCCGGAAACCGAAGUGAAACAUGAACACAUGUAUUCAAUGGCAAAGUGCAUCGAGACUCUUGGUAAAGGAUGCAUGACUAAAGAAUGGAUGAAAGAACUGAUGAGGGUUUUAGAUGGGAUCAUGAAGAAUCACUUUGAGAGAGCUGCUGAAAGAAUUGUCAAGCGAAAAGAUGAAGACUACGAUGAGGUUGUUGAAGAACAGUUGGAAGACGAGGACAAUGAAGACAAUUACACGUUGGGAAAGGUCGCCGAUAUAUUGCACGCUCUCUUUCUAACGUAUAGAGAAGAGUUUUAUGAAUAUUUCGACCUACUCCUCGGCCAUUUUGUCAAGAUGGUGGAAACCAACCAGCCUUGGUCCGACAGGCAAUGGGGUCUAUGUGUUUUUGAUGAUGUGAUCGAAUUCGGAGGGCCGGCCUGUGUUAAAUACCAACAGUACUUCCUUCGACCCAUCAUUGAAGGGGUCACAGACAAAAACAGUGCUGUCAGGCAAGCUGCUGCAUACGGAUGUGGAACCCUUGCGAUUAACGGAGGACCGUCUUUUGCAGGCACAUGCGCAGAAGUUCUUCCUCGACUUGCAGAAGUAAUCAGUGAUGCAGGAUCAAGAUCCGAAGAAAACAUAAGUGCGACAGAAAACGCCAUUUCAGCCGUAACAAAAAUCUUACAGCAUAACAGUAGUAAAAUCAACGUCGAUGAAAUCUUACCACAUUGGUUGUCUUGGCUUCCGGUGUGGGAAGACAGUGAUGAAGCACCUUAUGUCUAUGGAUAUUUAUGCCACCUCAUAGAAACCAACAAUGCGAUAAUCUUAGGUCAAAAUAACAGUAACAUUCCCCGCCUUGCAGACCUUAUCACAGAAGCUUUAAACCGAGAGGCCAUUUCGCUGGAACAUCCCGUAGGUCAAAGGAUGGCGAAUAUACUUGCCCAAAUAAGGGUAAGUUAGGUAGGGUAGUGGUGAAAUGUUCCAGGCCUGCUGUAAUCCAUAAACAACAACAGAGCAACAAGGAUCGGCUUAAAUCAACUUCAAAAAAGCUAAUCCGUCAAGUUAUUUUGAUUUGUAUUGUUUAUUUUCUGUGAUUUUAAAAUUAUUUUGUUAUCCAAUUUGAUGAUGUUAUCAUUUUCAGUUUUAGAAAAUGCUGAAUAUGUUAUCAUUUUUGGUUUUAGAAAAUGCUCGGUUGUAAAAAUAAAAACACAAACUUGGAGAAUGUUUUUUGAUAUCUUUUAGAUGACAUAUUUUUGUAUUGAAGUUUACAACCUUUUAAUAAAUGGUAAAACAGUCGACAAUUUAGAAAA